GCUGUCUCGGCCAAGAUGGCGGCGGGCACGGCAGCGGCGGCGGCGGCGGUGGCUCGGCUGGAGGGCCGCGAGUUCGAGUACCUCAUGAAGAAGCGCUCGGUGACCAUCGGGCGCAACUCGUCGCAGGGCUCGGUGGACGUGAGCAUGGGCCACUCCAGCUUCAUCUCGCGCCGCCACCUCGAGAUCUUCACCGCCCCGCCCGCCGCCGCCGCCGCCGCCGAGGCCCAGCCGCAGCCCGACGGCGACUUCUACCUGCGCUGCCUCGGCAAGAACGGCGUCUUCGUGGACGGCGUCUUCCAGCGCCGGGGGGCGCCGCCGCUGCAGCUGCCGCGAGUGUGUACAUUCAGGUUUCCGAGCACAAACAUCAAGAUAACAUUUACAGCUUUAUCCAAUGAAAAAAGAGAAAAACAGGAGUCCCCACAGUCCCCAGUGAAACCUGUGCAGCCCCAGAUCUCUCCCCUGACAAUAAACAUUCCAGACAACAUGGGUCACCUGAUCAGCCCUCUGCCUUCUCCCACAGGAACCAUCAGUGCUGCAAAUUCUUGCCCAUCUAGCCCCCGUGGUGCAGGUUCUUCAGGGUACAAAAUGGGUCGUGUAAUACCAUCGGACCUGCAUCUAAUGGCUGACAAUUCACAGUCAGAAAAUGACAAAGAAGCAUCAGGGGGAGAUAGCCCAAAGGAUGACUCAAAGCCCCCUUAUUCCUAUGCACAACUAAUCGUACAAGCAAUUACAAUGGCACCUGAUAAGCAACUCACACUAAAUGGAAUUUAUAUGCACAUAACUAAAAACUAUCCUUACUACAGAACAGCAGAUAAGGGCUGGCAGAAUUCAAUACGUCACAACCUCUCUCUGAAUCGUUAUUUCAUCAAAGUACCACGUUCCCAGGAAGAACCAGGCAAAGGGUCCUUCUGGAGGAUAGACCCGGCCUCUGAAAGCAAACUGAUAGAACAGGCUUUUAGAAAAAGACGGCCAAGGGGAGUACCUUGCUUUAGAACUCCACUGGGACCUCUAUCUUCUAGAAGUGCUCCAGCUUCCCCUAACCAUUCAGGAGUGCUGUCUGCUCAUUCAAGUGGUGUGCAGACCCCAGAGAGCCUGUCAAGGGAAGGCUCCCCUGUUCCAUUGGAGCCUGAGCCAAGCACUCUCCAGCCAAAGCUAGCUGUGAUACAGGAGGCACGAUUUGCACAGAGUGCACCAGGAUCACCCUUAUCUAGCCAGCCUGUUUUAAUUACUGUACAGAGGCAGCUACCACAAACUAUGAAACCUGUCACGUACACUGUUGCAACUCCUGUGACAACAUCGACUUCCCAGCAACCUGUAGUACAAACAGUUCAUGUUGUCCAUCAAAUACCAGCUGUUUCUGUCACAAAUGUGACUGGAUUAGCACCAGCAAAUACUUACACUGUAGCUGGUCAAGCAGUGGUCACACAGGCAGCAGUGGUGGCCCAGCCGAAGGGAGAACCUCAAGAGAAUGGAGACCACAAUGAAUUGAAAGUUAAAGUGGAAACUUUACCUGCAGUUAGCCAUACGACCAUAGGAGCUGCUAGUCGGAUCAUUCAGACCUCUCAGACUGCUCCCCUACAGACAGUUACCAUAGUGCAACAAACGCCUCUAGGUCAACACCAGCUGCCAAUAAAAACUGUAACACAGAAUGGAACACACGUCGUCCCCAUCACCACAGCAAUUCAAGGUCAGGCCAACUCUGCUGCUGCAAGUCCCUUACACAUGCUAGCUACCCAUGCAUCUGCUUCAGCUUCUCUUCCAACAAAACGGCAGAAUGGAGACCAUUCUGAACAGCAAGAAUUGAAACGUAUCAAAACAGAGGAUGGGGAAAGCAUAGUCAUUGCUGUGAAUAUUGACGCCCCACCUGUGGCAGUGAGUGAACAAAGCAGCCAGAACUAGGAAUAUUUCUUCUUAAAAUAAUGCUCCAUGGUGCCAAAAGGAGACAUAUAAACACAUAAAACAUUGAACAUGUUCUCACACAGUGGGGAAAGGGGCCCUGUGAUCAGACGUCAAUUUUCAGCACUGAGAAAAACACAGGUGGCCUUACAACUUCUAAUUUAAGCAAAGAAAUGAAGCAAAACUAGGCUGUGACCCCUCCCCCCUACUCCUCCUUGCCAUUCUGAAGUGACUCUGCAUACCUGGAGAGACACAAGUUGGGGAAGGCUGCAACUUUAAAAAAACCCUCUAUCAGAUUAUUUUAAGGAUUGAGUAUCUUGGUAUAUCACACAGCAUGAUAAGUGCUUCAUAUGACUGGAUUUCAAAUGAUUGUAUAUUCCUCAAAGGGAACAGAGGCAAGGAGCCAUUCCUACAUCCUGGCAGCUAGCCUUUCAUAACGACCUACAUGAUGCAGUUGUUGGUAGAUAUGCCGUAUUUUGUUCAGAUGUGGAAUUAGAAAUUUUUGACGUGUACUUUCAGUUUUUUUUUCAAAAUAAUGGGGUCUCUGACAUUUCAACUCACUCCAUUUUUACUCCAGAAACUUUGGAAUCACACAAUACUUUUCAUGUGAAACUUUGUUUGGUAAAACUGAAUGUAGGGUUUUUUAACCAAUGGAAUGAUUUAAUUUUGUCCUGUUAAAAGUUCAGAUAAAGCUACUUUGUUACAUCUGCAAAUUUUCAUAUUUUAGCAGUUGCCUGAUAAAUUUAAUCAAAUUUUAUUAUCUUGUGUAGUGAUCAAAUGCUUCUUUGGGCUUGCAUGUAACUGAUUAGAAAUUACAGUGUAAAUGAACCGUUAACUGACGUAAAGAACUGCUAUGAAUUUGACCAGAGCUGCACUUAACCUGUUUCUCUUUCUUGCUACCUUUUGCUGUUUGUUAUUUUGUGUUGGCUUUGACUGUCCCUGGCAUAUUUUUCCAGUCUAAAGUAAAAUAAGAGUCUCGCUUAACAUUGUGUAUGUUUAAAAUGACAACUGAUCAUUUAGCAAAGAGAAAAUUCUUUAUCAUGUCCUUUUUAAAAAAAAAUCUUGUCAGAGGUAUAUUCAGUAUUUUUAAGUGUAAACACCCCACCAGUAGAAAUUAAUCUGAUGAAUUUAUUCUUAACUUUUGAAGUCAUAUACAGACCUUCUGAGUAGCUAUUGUGGUUUUCUAACAAUGGCUACUGUGCUAUAAUAAAUGUGGUUUUUUUUUAAGUGUGUGUUCUGCAGUUGAACAAUUAAAAGCUACUUCUCAAGAGUUGUGAUAGUAGAAUACACCUUGCAUUUCAGAAGUGAACUGAAUAAAAAGCUAAGGCUGCUGUUAUAUCCUUAAUUUGCACACUGUCUUGUCACAUACUAAGGUGAGUUAAAGAUGCAGUCUGGGCUUUAACCCCCUCCCCUUCACCUCCUUUUUUUUUGCUAUAUCAUUAUUUAUGGCUUUUUCUACUUUUACUUCAAAAACCACCUGUAUUUUCAUGAUGGACUUAAAUAGCUUGGAAUGGCUUAUAUUUAGACAGUUUUUAGAAAUUGUUUUAUCUGAAGACCAAAUACAAGAAAUCUGUACCAAGUAUCAUGUUAACCCACACAAAACAGCUGUCAAGGUGUCAUUACAGAUAAUGCAUAUUAAACUAUUAUGAAAAAUUGCUGUACACUAGCUGAAUUUAUAACAGUCGCAAUAAGGGAUAAAAACCUAAUUUCUCUUAACUGCAAUAUUCUACUUUUUGCACUGUGGUCACCUCAUUUAGAAGCAACUGUAUUGAAUAAUUGGGAAAGACUUGGAUACAAACCUACUGAUUCAUGAAUACUAGGCACACUGAUGCAAGUUUUUGAAUAAAAAAAAUCUGGUGAAAUACUUCCAGUCAAUCAAAAUUA